AUGAUGAAGCACCAUAUUGAUGUUGCAGUCUACUUGUCUGCCCAAGGACUCGCUUUCCGGGGGCAUUCUGAAGACAAAUUCUCUCCAAACAGGGGAAAUUUCAUUGAAUUGAUGGACUUGUUAGGGAACUACAGUCAAGAGUUGCGAGUUUUCCUAGACAAGGAACGGAUAAGUUACACCUCCCACGACCCACAAAACGAAUUGAUCAAAUGCAUUUUCCAAGAAGUCCAGAAUGAAAUUCGAAAUCGAGUAAGUGCUUCCAGAUGUUUAUCCGUAAUGAUGGAUGACACCAGUGACUUGAGCAACACGGAGCAGUCGGCUGUUUCAGUGAGACUUAUUCAUGAUGGGAAUGUCGAAGAACAUUUGCUUGGCCUCACAGAUGCAUCUGACGAUCAAUCUGCUGAUGGGCUUACAAAGAUCAUGAUAAAAAUAUUAGGGAGCUACAAUGUUACUCCUGAGACAGGAAAGAGAAAGCUGAUUGGACAAUCAUAUGAUGGUGCGGCGACAAUGAGUGGCGAGCUCAAUGGUGUGCAAAAGAGAAUGCGAGAUUACUUUCCACUUGCCUACUACAACCAUUGCGUUGCACACAGGAUGUCACUUUGUGCGUCGCAGUCAUCGAUGAAAAUCCCAGAAGUGGCUAAAUUCUUUGGAAUAUUAGACAAGCUGAUAACGUUUUUCCGAAGCAGUCCCAAGCGAACGCGAUACCUUGGAUAUAAUCUUCCAAAGCCUGGUGAUACAAGGUGGCUUUCUCGAGACACGGCCAUUACUGCAAUCGAUUCGUGCUACGAGACAAUCGGCACAGUCUUAUACCAGAUGUCUUCGAAUGGGAGAGAGAAAGUCGACACCCAAACGACAGCCAGAGGUCUUCUUGCCAACAUCCAAAAUGUUGACUUUCUAUGUUUACUGAAGUUGUACAGGAAGAUCUUUGAGCAUUGCACGCCAAUUAUCACCGUUAUGCAGAAGCCAACAUUGGAUGCUGUUCAGCUGAGAUCUAUGCUCGACGACUUCCAACGUUUUCUUGCUGCACUAAGCUUUGAAGACAUUUGGCAAAUUACACUCGAUGCGGACCCAAGUUCCCCGUAG